AUGUCUCUCAAUUUGGAGGCUCUCGAGGGCCACCUCGUCACUAGGUCAUACAUUGAAGGGUAUGCUCCAUCGCAAGCCGAUGUCCACGUUUUCAAGCUGGUCACUGAGCCGAUCGAUUCCAAGUAUCCUCAUAUCAAAAGAUGGUUCACGCACAUCAGAUCCUAUGUUGCUGAGCACGAUACCCUACCUGGCACUAGCAAUGCUGGUCAAGCCUUCGUCCAGGCUGCCGUUGGUUCUACUGCCGAGCCUGAGGCAGCAGAAGGAGAGGAGGAAGAAGAUAUUGAUCUCUUUGGCUCAGGUGAUGAAGAAGAAGAUGCUGAGGCUGAAAGGCUCAAGGCCGAGCGCGUUGCCGCUUACAAUGCCCGCAAGGCGAACAAACCUAAGACGGUUGCAAAAUCUGUUGUAACCUUGGAAGUCAAGCCAUGGGAUGACGAAACCGACAUGAAGGCCCUAGAGGACUCUGUAAGGUCCAUCUCAAUGGAGGGACUUGUGUGGGGUGCAAGCAAGUUGGUGGCAAUCGGAUAUGGUAUCAAGAAAUUGCAAAUCACGCUCGUUGUCGAGGAUGAGCUUAUUUCUUUGGACGAACUUCAGGAGAAGAUCGCUGAAUUUGAUGACUACGUCCAGAGCACGGAUGUUGCCGCGAUGCAGAGUAGGUGUCGCCGUGCCUUGUGA